GACCAUUGCAUAUCAAGAUUAGACUAAAAUGACUUAACCUAAUUGGUCGGUUUUGUUGUUUUCAUAAACUCAUUGUCAAACCUAUUCCUGUCAUGGCGUUAGCAAAAAUAAUAAAUCAAUUCUAAUCGUGCAGUUAAUAUGCAGUAAGUAUUAACCAAAGUUAACAAUUCACACGAUGUCAUCAUACUUUGGACUUGCCGUCUUAUGUCUUGUCUCAAUAAUCGAGGUCAGACUAGAAGCGGCUUUUGUUGUAACUCGAGGGCAAACAGAUAAAUUUACAAAUGAUAAUCCCAGCUCGGUCAGUGAGUGUGCUGAAUAUUACGCGAGAUGUCAGUCAGCUUCUUGCGAGGUCUGUGUAUGUGAUAAAGAAAUCCCGACCUACGUGGCAAGCGAGAAGAGAUGUAUGAAAGACCAUGAAAUAUCCCCUCAGUCGGUGCCCAAAUACAGCUCAUUUUCUAUAUCCAGUGAAUUUGGGCAAUCUUACAUAGCAGCAGAAAAAAUCUCAAACAAACUGGAUCGCGAGACCGAAUAUACAGGAAACCAAAAUCAGUUAUGGUUGUACACAUCUUCAAAAAAACUACUGAACUUGAAAACACUGAAGUGUCUCGAUUCUAGAAAUCUUAAAAGGUUGGCUUUGCAGCCAUGUUCGGUCAACCAGACAGAAAACCAAAUGUGGUAUUGCAACAGAAAUUCACGAAUGGUUUACCGUGUAAAUAACGGAGUUAAGUUAUAUCUGGAAUUUUCAGGCCAUUUUCAGACGAGGUUUUACGACGAUUCCACUAAAUGGGUAGCAGAUAAAGGAACUAGUGCCCAACGUCGAUCAGUAUGUGCUUUACCUGUCAAAUACAGAGGAUGUUACAGAUUCACAAGCGGUUCCUUAGUCAAAAGAUUGAGUGCUAAACCACAGUUAAAUCCAGAUAAAUUCGAAGAGAUGAAAAUUUCAGCGCCUAUUUUCAGACAAGAGAAGGCCAAAAAUCCCACUUGCGUUCUGCUGUGGAAUAAUACUGUGUUCUCGGUGAAUGAUCAGCCUUGGACAUCCGUGUCAGCGUAUGAGAAUAACUUUGACAAUAAGGGAGUGACAGAGCCGUUGGGAGAAGUUGUAUUUCGAUUUAACGAGAAAGCAAAAACAAUCUGGGCAGGUGCUCUGAUGAAGCUUAUGGUUCGUUGUAUAUAUGAAGAGAACGCAAAUGGGGAAACAUAUGAAGAACAUUGUAUUUUACUUAAGUUUGAUGGAGUGUUUAAUCAAUCAUCACGAAAGGUAGGCACUUCAUGGCCUCCAAGCUUAUCAAAGUCAUCAUCAUCUGACUCAAGCUACAAAGCAAGUACUAUUGGUCUGUCUGUCGUAUUGGGUUUUCUACUUAUCGCAAUAGCUAUCGCCGCUGUUGUAUCGUACAAGAGGCGCAGCAGCAACACUAAUGAUUACACGAAGCCGAUUUGUGACGCUGAAGACCUGUAAAAAGACAUCGAUUCAGACUCCAGUCGAGAAACACGUGAUUAACUGUAACUCAAUGGGAUCAUUUAUGCAUGCAGGGCGCAGUAAAACAGCUAUAAUACUGUAUGGUAGGGGCAAGUGAUGUUGGACUGACGUUCACACGCUAUGCAUGGCAGUACUGACAGUGGCUAGGUUUUAUCAUCGGUGGUAGAUUAGUUAGGUUGAUUAGGGUUGAAUGGAAACCAAUUUUUUAAAAGACAUCUAACGAGCUCUAAAUGGAACUUUUAAUGCGUACAUUAGUAUAAGUUUUAUAAAUUUUAAUCAUAUUAAAAAAAAUUACAUUCAAGCAUUAUACACUGGCGGUCAAAA